AUGGCGCUACUGCAACCCAGCUUCAACGGAGCGCUGCUCGACAAGGACGACGACGACUCCCUCUCCCCGGGCAGCUACAAGUGCACCAAUCCAGCGGUGGCCAAGAUGAUGCGGCUUUGGAACUACAAGGACGGCUCCGGGCUUGGCGCACAAGGCCAAGGCAUCAUCGUCCCAAUACAACCCGCCCCACGUCGUCGUCGUCGCAGGGCCGGCAUCGGACAUUGCGACAAGCCUUACGACAACGGCCUGCAGGUCGCGCCGCCGCCGUCGCCGGUGGAAGGCGACUUAGACGAGUGCCGUGAGUGGGAGGCUGUCGCAGGAGCCCUGCGGCUGGAACGAGAGUGCCACGAGAAGACUCUGACGCUGCUGCAAGAGAUGCAACUUCAAGGGGACAGCAGCGUGGAGACGGCGGACGCUCUGGCGGCCAUCGUCAAGUCCGGAGAGGUGCUCCAGGGGAAGCGCGCGCUAGGGGCAUGGAAGGCGGCGUUGCCUCCUUCCACCGUGCGCUACAUCGUCGACAAGGUUCUCCCGCCGAGGCUCGCCAUGGAAGCCCAACAGUGGCGCCCGUCGUGGGACCCGGACUGCGACGAUUGGCUGCGCCCCUGGAUUCCCCUGAUCGGCCACCUGCCGGAGAGCCUCUACGACAUCGUGGAGAGCAAGAUCAGCGGCGCCAGCCACGACAUAGUCUGGCCGUGGAAAGACUACUUCGACCCGGCGCACUGGGAAAUCUUCGUCAGGCGCCACAUCCUGCCUGAGCUGACACGGCUGAUGCGGGAGCUGAGGAUCACGCCCCCAAAGCAAACGGACAGCUCGUUGCACAUGGUGAUGCUGUGGGCGCCGCUCCUGCCCGCCAAAGACGUGCUGUCGAUCUUGGAAGAAGCGGAGUUCUUCGACAAAUGGGAGAGCGCGCUGCGCCACUGGCUGCAAUCCGCGAAGCCGUCGUACGGGGAGGCCGUCGCAUGGUGCACCGGCUGGAAGAAGCUCUUCACCCCGGAGCUGCUCGCCGACGAGCACGUGCUCGCCCGUCUGGACGCCGGCGCUGCCAUGGUGGAUCAAGAAACGCAAGACCUCGACAGCCUUCUUGGGUAUAGCUGGUAGUCCGCGCCCACACACAGCUUGCUUGUAAUUAAGGUGGUAGCCACUCACGAUUAGUAAUGUAAUGGUGAUGAUGCAUCUAAAAUACCAUCUUUACUGUAACUGUGUGACUUCUA